UAGGCCAGCGAGGGCACCACUUUGGCGGCCCAGCAGACGCCGCAGUCGUUCCUUUUCAUCUCGGAGGCUGGUCAGCUCUGCCUGUUGCUGCAUCUCCAGGGCUAGCACCCGUGUCUCCAGUGCACUGUGGGGUGGGCAUGCACAGGGCUGACAUGCCAUCCAGACUCAGGAGGAUCCGGAAACUUCACAGCCACGUGAACCAUGGCCACGGCUGUAUCAGCAAGCACAGGAAGCACCCAGAAGGCUGCAGUAAUCCUGGUGGCAUGCAUCACCACAGGAUCAACUUCAACAAAUAUCACCCAGGUUACUUUGGGAAAGUUGAUACGCAACAUUACCACCUAAAGAGGAAUCAGAGCUUCCGCCCAACUCUGAACCUGGAUAAACUGUGGCCCCUAGUCAGUGAGCAGACAUGGGUAAAUGCUGCCAAAAACAAGACUGGAGCUGCCGCUAUCGUUGCUGCAGCGCGGUCAGGCUACUACGAAGUUCUGGUGAAGGGAAAGCUCCCAAAGCAGCCUGCCAUUGUGAAGGCCAGAUUCUUUAGUAGAAGAGCUGAGGAGAAGAUUAAAGGUGUUGGAGAAGCCUGUGUUCUGGUUGCUUGAAACCACACAGGAAGGUUCAUUAAUGCUAUAAAUGUUAAAAAAUUUGAAGAAAUCAUGUUGAGUAAAAUAAGUCAGUAAAAUAAGGAUGAAUAUGGGACGAUCUCACUUUCAGUAUUGUUAAAUGGGAAACUGGGGAAUGUUAUGCAUGUACAAACUAUUGUAUUUACUGUUGAAUGUAAAACAUUAAUUCCCCAAUUAAAAAAAAAAGAAGUUGAAAAACAAGAUCAGAAGAGAAAACACAAGUAGAACCUGAACUGGAGUCGGUGUAUUGCACCAAAGUAAAAGACUCUGGGGUGGGUGGGUGGGGAGAUUACAGGUCCAAAAAGGAUGACAGAGGACCUAGUGGGGGUUGUAUUGUUAUAUGGAAAACUGGGAAAUGUUAUGCAUGUACAAACUAUUGUAUUUACUGUCGAAUGUAAAACAUUC